AUGGCCAAGAACAAAUUAAGGGGGCAGAAGUCCAGGAACGUAUUUCACAUUGCCAGACACAACAACUUUAAGGCUAAAAACAAAGCAAAGCCAGUUACCACUAACCUGUCUUCUUUAAAUAUACAUUAUGAAUGAUGAAAAGUUAACAAUGUGAAUAAAGCAUUUGUAAAUAUACAAAAGGAACUAGAGAACUUCUCAAAAGCCCUUUCUCUUGAACCUCUGCAAAAAGAACCAAUUCCUCAGAAACAUCACGAAAGCAAAGCAGUUAAUGUUGAUGAAGCUGUAAUACAGUUGUGA